AUGGCAAAACACCGAUGCCUAGCCAAGGUGGUGUAUGAGGCGCCUGGCGCCGGCGACGGCGAGGGCGAUAUGUACCAGACCACCAUCCGCUGCAACGGCCGCCUGUUCAACAUCAAUAUGGCGACGACCUUUAUCCACGACUCGCCGGCCAUCUUGGCACGCCUUCAGCGCUUCCUGCUGACCCAGGGGGAGUUUGUGUACGGGGAAGAACCGGCGACCGAGGACGGACCCAGCGCAGAAGAGGAGAGGAACGCAUUCCAUCAAUGGCUGAUUACCACCUUUCGGCCCGUCUUCCGCGCUUACGCACCGGACGUGCUACCCUCAUUCGAUCCAGACGCGAUCCGGUCCGGCACGGCUCGCCCUGUGUUGACAGAGUACAUGUUUCCACAAGUCUUUGAAUGCCGGCUGGAAGCACAGCGCGGCAAGGCCAGACCACGUUGCAUCGGCAAACAGGCAGAUUGGAUCCCAUCGGUGAAUCGAAUUCCCGCCGAUCUUCUUGCGGACCUCGACCGCCUGCGUGUACCGCGGUAUGCGCCGUCGGAGAUCGCCGUGGCCUUUGAAAACCCCGACGAUGCGAUGCGCGAAAUGCCGAACCGCGUGCUCGUCGACCUAAACCACAGCGGGCAUCCAGAUACGGCUUGUCACCUCAAGCUCUUCUUAGGCGGCUGUGAGGGUGAGUUGGUCGCCGAAGUACGCAGCCAUGUACGGGUUCUCGAGGCUCAACUGGGUGCGCACGUCCGUGUGAUCCGGCUGGUUGGCAUCGUCUGGCUGGACGAGUAUGCCGACGCCGCGGACUUUGACAAAGACGGCAACGCGGUCCCAUAUCCCGAAUGCCUUCUCGGUCCCGUGGGCGGCUUGCUUCUCACCUACGUCAGCGACGGCUGGGAGGGGCUUUUGACGUCACGCGUCUGGAGCGGCACGCCGGCCAUGCGCCGGCAGUGGGCGGACCAGGUGCGCGAGACUGUGACGAGUCUUCACAAGGCAGGCGUCGUAUGGGGCGAUGCGAAGCCAGACAACGUCAUGGUGGACGGCAGCGACAACGCCUGGCUCAUCGAUCUCGGCGGCGGCUUCACAGAAGGGUGGGUCGACAAGGAAAAGGCUGGGACCAAGGAAGGCGACCUGCAGGGCGUGGCCAAGAUUGAGGAGUAUCUGAUGGACGAUGCUCGAUUUGAGAUGAGUAGCGAGGACGAGCAGGAAGACGAGCAUGAGGGUAAACGCGAGGAAAGUGAGGACGAGGGCGAGAGCGGGUAA